AUGGCGACUGCGCUUGUUUCAAUGGUUAUGAACAAACUUCGAGAAGAGGUUUAUUUGGUUGGUGAUGCCAAAGAAGAACUUAUAAAGUUAUCUUCUACAUUGGAAUCCAUUCAAGCAGUUCUUAAUGAUGCUGAGAUUAUGCAAUUUCACAACCCAAGUAUUCAAGUUUGGUUAAAAAAACUCAAAGAUGUGGCUUACGAUGCGGAGGACUUGCUAGAUGAGAUGAUUCCAUCGCCAGAAUCUGAAUCAGAGACCAACGACGGUGACGAUCGACUCAUGGGAAACCAGCCGUGGAAGUGCUUACGUUCACUAUUUUCGUGUUGCGGUCUAGAAGAUUGGAUAAAGUUGGUCCAUGAUUCAUGGACCGACGGUACUCAUAAUCGCAGCAUCGGAGAUAAGGUGCGGACAUUUGUCAGUAAAGUCGAAUCACAACGCGAUUUUGCUCGUCAGAUAAAACAAGUAAGGGCGAAGCUGGAUCAGAUUGCAGCUGACACAAGUAAGUUCAGUUUUAAGGAGAUUCACAGUUUCCGUGGAGGUAGUCAGCUUCACAAGGCCGAGUUUCAAACGAGUUCGCUAGUAGACGAAUCACAGAUGCUUGGAAGGGACGAAGAGAAAGAUAUCAUAAUAAGCAAGUUGGUCAGCGGGAGCAGUUCUGAGGAGGGACGGAUUCAUGUCAUUUCGAUAGUAGGCGUUGGCGGGUUGGGCAAGACGACUCUUGCUCGAUUGAUCUACAAUGAUGAAAAGGUGAGGAGCCAUUUCCAUAAGGUUCUAUGGGUUUGUGUUUCUGAUGAUUUUAAUGUAACAAAUCUUACAAAAGAAAUUAUAAAAGCAGCUGGAGGGACAAGUCGGCCGCAUUCUCUGCUAGACUCAUUGCAAAAUCAGCUUAUCCAAACAUUCCAAGGAAAACGGUUCUUGCUUGUCCUUGAUGAUGUGUGGAACGAUGAUAGUGAAAGGUGGGAGAAACUGCGGCUUUCCUUCCAAAGCGGUGCUCAUGGAAGUAAAAUUUUGGUCACCACCCGCAGCAUGAAGGUUGCAAAUACAUGCAUGCCCUCCGCCUACAUGCAUGAAUUAAAAGGUUUAUCCUAUUCUGAUUGCUGGUUACUGUUCAGUAGAAUAGCUUUCGCUGGGAGGAAAGAGGAAGAUUGCCCGGCGUUGGAAAAGAUUGGAAGAGAGAUAGCGAAGAAGUGUAAAGGAGUGCCUCUUUCAGUAAAGGUAAUUGGAAGCGUCAUGCGUUCCAAGAGGACGGCACAAGAUUGGCAGGACAUCUUGGAAAGUGAAACAUGGGAAAUACGGGGCAUCGCAAAAGGUAUCUUACCGGCUUUGUUGCUGAGCCAUGAAAAUUUGCCUGUCCAUUUGAAGCCGUGUUUUGCAUAUUGCUCAGUAUUUCCGAAAGAUUAUGUGAUGGAGAAGGAUAAAUUAGUCAAGUUGUGGUUAGCUCAGGGUUUCAUCAAGCCCCAGGGAAGAAGAGAGAUGGAAGCAAUUGGCGGAGAGUACUUUGAUGAUCUACUGGCGCGGUCUUUGUUUCAAAAAGUGGUGAUUGGAUAUGAAGAUGAAGAAGAAGUCAUCGGAUGUACAAUACAUGAUCUAUGUCACGAUCUCGCCCAAUUCAUUGCAAAGAAUGAAUAUUGCAUCUUUGAGAAUGGAAUGUCGGACUCCAGCUCUGCUACGGCUCGUCAUUCAUCUUUUAUUGUCAACUGGGAAACGUCCGAAAUUCCUGCCCCUCUAUGUAAUGCAAAAAAAUUGCGAACACUCCUCCAAAUUGGAGAAUCAAAAAUUGAUUCCAUCCCUGAUCAUUUAUUCCAAUGCGCUAGGUCCCUUAGGGCAUUGUAUCUCCACACCAGAAUUAAAGAAUUGCCAAGCUCAAUUGGGUUGCUGAAGCAUUUACGGUAUCUUGACAUGUCUUAUUCAGAUGUAGUUGAGUUGCCGGAAUCAGUGACUUGUCUCCACAAUUUGCAGACCUUGAAGUUGAAUUGCUGUAGUGAACUCCAGAGACUGCCGAGUGGGAUGAGUGCAAUGGUCCACUUGAGACAUCUGGAAUUCAAUCACACACGGUCACUAAAGUACUUACCGAAAGGGUUGGGGAGAAUAAGUUCCCUUCGAACGUUGAGUAGGUUUAUCGUGGGAGGUGAUGGAGGAUGUAAGAUUGGAGAGCUGAAGCAACUUGACUCUCUCCAAGGAAAGCUACUAAUAGAACACUUGGAGAGAGUGACGAGCGUGGAUGAGGCUAAGGAAGCACAACUGGAGAACAAGUUACAACUUCGCGUAUUGUCUCUAGCUAUGUCACCAGAUGAUGCUCUUGAAAUGUCAGGAAAUGGUGAUGUGGAGAGGAUGGAAAAUGUAGUUGAAGCCCUCCAGCGGCCACUUGCUAACCUAGAAGAGCUGGAAAUUUGGGGAUACAUUGGUUACAAGUUCCCAACCUGGAUAGGAGAUUAUUCAUCUUUCUCAAAAUUAGUCAAGUUGAAAUUAAUAGAUUGCAAUAAGUGUACACAGUUGCCUGGGCUAGGGAGACUACCUUCACUUAAAUACCUUCAAAUAGCAGCAGGUCUUGUAAAACGGGUGGGAAGUGAGUUUUACGGGAAUAGCAGUGGUGGGGACAUAAACGCAGUGGCAUUCCCGAAGCUGGAAGAGCUCGAGUUCCGUAACAUGUAUGAAUUGGAGGAGUGGGAGUUGAGAUUAGAAGAUAAAGAGAUAAUGCCAUCUCUACACUCACUAACAAUCAGAAAAUGCCCAAAAUUGAAAGCACUGCCGACACACCUCCCGAAAAGUCUAAUGUCCCUCCACAUCUAUGAAAUGACGGGUCUCCCCUAUGGAUGGAAACAAUUGGAGUCACUAAAGACUCUUACUAUCAGCAGUUGCUCUAAUUGA